GUUAAAAGGAUGAUGUUAGAACCAUCUCGAUUUUAAGUUACUAGGGGAAAGAAACAUCACACAAAACCAAAAGGUAAAUUCGUAUACGAGACUAAGCAUUAACUUAAAAAAGUGACACAUACAUAUGAUGCAAAAUUGAGAAGAAAGAUACAAUCGAUGCGGACCAUGAGUGAGGAAAGGAGGAAACGGACAUUGAGAUGAAACUAUAUAUAUAAAUGAAGUGAGGAGAUUGAGGACGAGACAUUAUCAUCAGAAGAAACAGAAGAUGGGGUUUGGUGGUUGUAAAAAGCUGCUUUUGGGGGUAGGGAUGGUGAUGAUGGGUGUGUUUGGAUUCGGGUCUUUGAGCGUUGGAACUGAAGAGAAGAGUGGGUUAGUGAGUUGGGGCAACAGUUAUUACCAAACAUGGGGAAACCCCCCUCUUCUUCUCAACCACACCUCUGAGCUCCAGCUCUCUCUCGACACUCUCUCUGGUUCUGGGUUUGAGUCCGUAUCUAUAUAUGGAUCCGGAUCCUUCGACAUGAGAAUAAAGGCACCCGACAAUAACUCCACUGGAGUCAUCACUUCUUUCUACUUAACUUCUCGUUCUAGUCGCCAUGAUGAGGUCAGUUUCCAGCUUUUGGGAAGCAAUCGACCGCCGUAUAUGCUGAAUACAAAUAUGAUUCUGUAUGGUGAAGGAGGCAAAGAUCAGAUGUUCAGGCUCUGGUUCGAUCCAACCAAAGAUUACCACUCCUACAGGUUUCUUUGGAACCCACGUCAACUAGUGUUUUAUGUGGACAAUACACCAAUCCGGGUGUUUAAGAAGAAUCCUGGAGUUUACUACCUAUCAGUUCAGACAAUGUUCGUAAUGGGGAGUGUGACGAGUCAAAAAGGUGUGACAAUUGACCCGAAGCAGACGCCCUACACGGCAUGGUUUCAGGCAUCAAAGAUCGAAGGAUGUAUAACAACAUUUUUCAAUAUAGAGAGAUGCAUAGGCCCCGAGUUCUGGUGGAACCGUGCAGAGUUCUCGGCACUAAACCCUAGAGAGAAGGAACUAUACAGAAAUGCCAGGAAGACAUACCUGGAUUACGACUAUUGCUCCGACAGAGCACGGUAUCCUCGGGAGCCUCCAGAAUGCAGAAUCUACGAACAGUAAAGCUCACAUCUGUUCGGGCUCUCGUCUCAAAACACACAGAGAAAAAAAAAACUAUGGACAAUAUAUGUUAGUGUAAUAUGUUGAAGUGUAAUAUGUUGACUGAGUUGUACCAGUAAAAUACUGUAACUUAAAAUAACAACUUAAACUUUCUUACUUAA